AUGAGAUCAUUAAAAGAGGCAAUUCAAAAGAGAACCUCUCUGUUCAUCGCUCAUCGAUUAGCUACCAUAUAUGAUGCCGAUAUAAUUUACGUAUUGGACCGAGGCCAAGUCAAAGAGUUCGGUUCGCAUGAUGAACUUAUGCGACGUGACGGGUUGUAUGCGCAGCUCUGGAACAGCCAACAUCAAUUAGAAACACCUGUACCGGCUGAUUGGAAUAAUGUAUACUACAUAAUAACUGUAGGAAGUACUGUCGCGAUGUUUAUGGUGAAUGCAGUAUCCAAUAGUCAAGUGCGAGGUGAAAGUCUUCACGAAGGACUUUUAGGAACGAAGGGUUCGCGCCUUUGGUUAAUGGCAGCGUUCGUGCUCUCGUUCGCGUCACUGGUGGCAGCCACUUGGGUGCUUUUUAGCGACUAUGUACUUCUCACCGGAGAUCAUCCUGUGUGGCCAGGAGUGGCUCUUUUCCUUACGAAUUUCAUAAUUUUUGCUUCAUCUUGUGUGUACAAAUUUGGUCGUACCGAAGAAAUGUGGGGAUAA